CCGCCCUAAAUACCUCACUUCCGCCAGGUUGUGCAGCUGCAGGGGUGCGAGCGAGUAUAAUUUUGUAGCCGGCGUGGUCGGAGGGCCACUGCCAGAUACACCCCGGAUGUAAACCUGUCCCCUCUCACCCCAAUUUCCCAUAAGCCACCGGGCCCUUGGAGACAGCAGCAUGUUUAAAAAGUUUGAUGAAAAGGAAAAUGUGUCCAACUGCAUUCAGUUAAAAACAUCAGUAAUAAAAGGCAUUAAAAAUCAGCUGAAUGACCAGUUCCCCGGGAUAGACCAAUGGCUUAACCAGAUCAUGCCAAAGAAGGACCCUGUGAAAAUAGUACGAUGCCAUGAACACAUAGAAAUUUUAACUGUAAAUGGUGAGCUACUGUUCUUCAGACAAAGGGAAGGUCCAUUCUACCCAACACUGAGACUGCUCCACAAAUAUCCUUUUAUCCUCCCACAUCAGCAAGUUGAUAAAGGAGCCAUAAAGUUUGUCCUAAGUGGAGCAAAUAUCAUGUGCCCAGGUUUAACAUCUCCUGGAGCGAAGCUUUACCCUGCAGCAGCCGAUACUGUAGUUGCAAUAAUGGCAGAGGGGAAGCAGCAUGCUCUUUGUGUUGGCGUCAUGAAGAUGUCUGCAUUUGAUAUUGAGAAAGUCAAUAAAGGAAUUGGCAUAGAAAAUAUUCAUUAUUUAAAUGAUGGGUUGUGGCACAUGAAGACCUACAAGUGAAGCACUGUAUGCGUACCGGAGAGCACUCUGACUUAAUCUAGACUUGAAAGUAACCUGUUUUUAUUCAUGUGUUGGAAUGUGAUAUUUGCUUUCUGUGCUGCUUAAUAAAGCAAGUGUCAUAAGUA